CGGGCGUUAUGGGGAAAAGUGAGAGAACGGGUGGGGGACUCUUAAUGGCAGACGUGCUCGUCACGGUCGUCCUCAGACUCUCCUGGACCUGGCGUCGGCGGACAUCACUAGUGCGAGUCACUACCGUAGGAAAACAACAACAAAAACCCGCAGCUCGGCAAGUCUGUACUGCGAUAUUCAAUCAUCACAUGGACGAAAGAUCCUUCAAUGGUUGGCCAGUCUAGUAAAUCUAUAAGUUUUCUGCGUUGAACGACUGGUCAACUUUCUGGGCUCCUUACGUCUCUACCGCCUCUUGCAACCUUAACUUUAUCCUUCUCUGCUGUAUAGUUCUUGGAUAACGCCGUUUGCCCCAUUUGCCAAUCUCUAGUUCUAAUCGCGUGAUCCGUCUCAACCCCCGCUCGCU